AUGGUGCUACCCCUCUUGCUCCUCGUCGCAAGCGUUGUUGCUGCAUCGGUCGAUGCUGAAAUUCCACGGGCCUGUGUCGGCGAGCAUCAGAAGCUGCAAUUCUGCAACACCUCGUUACCAGUCUCAGCGCGUGUCGAAGACCUUUUGGCGCGCCUUCCGCUGGACGAGAAGGCCAUCCUACUGACCGCUCGCGCUAGUCCCCGCGGCAACAUGAGCAGUAUCGGACUACCGGAAUACAACUGGGGUGCCAACUGCGUGCACGGUGUCCGGUCGACGUGCGGCACCAAUUGCCCGACGUCAUUCCCCAAUCCGGUGAACCUUUCGAUCCACAGGCGCCGUGACCCGCGUUGGGGACGCAACACAGAGACGCCGUCGGAAGACCCACUCGUGAACAGCAAGUACGGCGUGGCGUAUACCAAGGGCCUUCAAGAGGGCAAGCACGAAGACCCGAGGUAUCUUCAAGCUGUGGUUACCCUCAAGCACUACGUCGCUUAUUCGUACGAAAACUACGGGGGUGGCAACCGCAAGACGUUCAAUGCAAUUGUGUCACCGUACGAUUUCGCAGACACGUACUUCCCUGCCUUUCGUUCAUCCAUCGUCGAUGGGAACGCGAAGGGCGUCAUGUGCUCGUACAACAGCGUGAACGGUGUUCCGGCAUGCGCCAACAACGAACUCGAGAACAAGCUGCUGCGGGGUAUGUUGGGUUUUGACGGCUACAUCACGAGUGACUCGGGGGCUAUCGAAGCUAUCUCCGACUGGCUCCACUACGUUCCUACACGCUGUGAGGCUGCACGGCUGGCGAUCCUCGCCGGUACUGAUGUCAACAGCGGUAGGGGAUUUGGAUAUAUGGCGUGUCUGAAAGAGCUGGUGGAGAGCAAUCAGCUCGAUGUGAAGGUAGUGGACGACGUUCUGCGCCACACGCUGAAGCUGCGUUUUGAACUCGGUCUCUUUGACCCUAUCGAGGACCAACCGUACUGGAAGGUGACGCCGAAUGAUGUGAACACGGACGCGGCCAAGAAGCUGAGCCUCGAUCUCGCUCGGAAGUCCAUCGUCCUGCUCCAGAACAACCAGCCAGUGUUACCGCUGCGUAGAGGGGUCAAGUUGGCAGUUGUGGGGCCUCACGCCCAGGCCAAACGCGCCUUGCUCGGUAACUAUCUCGGCCAGAUGUGUCAUGGCGAUUACAACGAAGUGGGGUGCAUCAAGACCCCGUUUGAGGCUGUGAGUGCUUCGAACGGAGAUUCAAGCACGACGUAUGCACUGGGUUGCAAUGUUACUGGUAACUCUACGGCUGGGUUCGUCGAGGCUGUGAAGGCCGUUCAAGGAGCUGAAGCUGUUGUUCUCUUCCUUGGUAUCGACAAAUCCGUCGAAGCCGAAGUCCGAGACCGUAACAACAUCGACCUACCAGCUAUCCAGGUGCAGCUGCUGCAACGCGUUCGAGCUGUGGGCAAACCCACAGUCGUGGUGCUGAUGAACGGAGGCGUGUUGACGGCUGAGGAUAUCAUCGGGCAGACGGAUGCCCUCGUGGAAGCAUUCUACCCAGGUUUUUUCGGGGCGCAGGCGAUGACGGAUAUUCUCUUUGGCGAUGCGAACCCGGGUGGUAAACUUCCAGUCACCAUGUAUCGCUCAGACUACGUCAAUACCGUUGACAUGAAGAGUAUGAACGUGACGGCGUACCCUGGUCGUUCGUAUCGGUACUUCAAGGGAGAACCUGUGUUCCCGUUCGGUUGGGGUCUCAGCUACACUUCGUUUUCGCUGAAGGCCGAUGAUGCCACUGCCACCACGGCCAAAUCGGUGUCGGCGACGAUGAACACUACGAUCUCGGUUGUGUUUGCCUACUUCAGACCGAUCAAGACCGAUGCAUCAGGGCCAGCCACGCUGCUAAACAAGCAGUUGUUUGACUACCGUCGUGUGACGUUGAAACCUUCCGAGAGUACUCGGCUGAGCUUCGAGGUGCAACGGAGCACGCUUGCGCUCGUGGACGAGGAGGGGAACCUUGUGAGCUUUCCUGGGUCGUACGAUAUCAUCAUCACGAAUGGCGUGCACGAACAGCUGACGUUCCGGGUCGAGGUUGCUGGCGAGAAGGCGAUUCUGAGAGCGCACGUGUAA